AUGGCAUUCGGUCAACAAAUUAACAACCUACAAGAAUCUUUCGAAGCCGCAAUGAACUUGUCCAAUUCCCCAGGCGCCGUCUCUACCUCGCCUACACAAUCCUUCAUGAACACUCUACCUCACAGAUUGAGUGCUGCAAAGCAACAAAAAGCUCUAAAACCCUUCUCUACCGGUGACAUCAAGAUUCUAUUGCUAGAAAAUGUGAAUCAAACCGCCAUCGAAAUAUUCAACAAGCAGGGCUACCAAGUUGAAUUCCACAAGUCCUCUUUGCCAGAAGCUGAAUUGAUCGAAAAGAUAAAGGAUGUACAUGCUAUUGGUAUUAGAUCAAAGACCAAAUUGACCGCAGAAGUUUUGAAGCACGCAAAGAACUUAGUGGUUAUUGGCUGUUUCUGUAUUGGUACAAACCAAGUUGAUCUUGAUUUUGCUGCCAAGCAAGGUAUCUCUGUGUUCAACUCCCCAUUCUCAAAUUCUAGAUCCGUUGCAGAAUUGGUUAUCGCUGAGAUUAUUACUCUUGCUAGACAAUUGGGUGAUAGAUCUAUCGAACUACAUACUGGUACCUGGAACAAGGUCUCUGCAAAAUGUUGGGAAGUUAGAGGUAAAACCCUUGGUAUUAUUGGUUAUGGUCAUAUUGGUUCUCAAUUGUCUGUUUUGGCGGAAGCUCUUGGUAUGAAUGUGUUAUACUACGAUAUCGUUACCAUCAUGAGUCUAGGUACCGCUAAACAAGUUUCAACCUUGAACGAACUUCUAAAUAAGUCUGACUUUGUGACAUGCCAUGUUCCUGCAACUCCUGAAACCAAGAACCUGCUUUCUGGUCCUCAAUUUGCCGCCAUGAAGGAUGGUGCCUAUGUUAUCAAUGCUUCUAGAGGUACUGUUGUGGAUAUCCCAGCUUUAAUUCAAGCAAUGAAAGCAGGUAAAAUCGCAGGUGCAGCUUUGGAUGUGUAUCCAAACGAACCAGCCAAGAAUGGUGCUGGUGCUUUCAGCGAUGACCUAAAUCCAUGGACCAGUGAAUUAGUCUCUCUACCUAACGUUAUCUUGACCCCACACAUCGGUGGCUCUACAGAGGAAGCACAAAGCUCAAUUGGUAUUGAAGUUGCUACCGCUUUGACCAAGUAUAUUAACGAAGGUAACACUGUUGGUGCUGUUAACUUCCCUGAAGUUUCUUUGAGAGCUCUAGAUCUAGAUCAAGAGAACACCGUCCGUGUUCUAUAUAUCCAUCAAAAUGUUCCUGGUGUUUUGAAAACUGUUAACAACAUUUUAUCUAACCACAAUAUUGAAAAACAAUUCUCUGAUUCCAAUGGUGACAUCGCUUAUUUGAUGGCUGAUAUCUCUAACGUCAACCAAAGCGACAUCAAGCAAAUUUACGACGAAUUAAACGAUACCAGUUACAAGAUCUCUAUUAGACUACUAUAUUAA